AUGGUUCAAUUCCUCAGAUUCGGUGGACUCGUCGCUGCUUUGGCAGUUGUCGCUCAUGCUGCCCCUACCAACACGAACGGUACUGGUCAUUACAGCGAUAUUCCCGAGUCUCAAGCCGACUGGGAGGCCCAAGAAGCCGCUUUCAAGGCCAUGAGCUUCGAGCAGAGAUUGGAGUAUCAUUCCAACCACAAGAUCUACCGACCCGAGGGUACAGUCAAGUGUAUCACCAACGAGACGCAGGAUGGUCUGUACACUUGGCUCGAUGAGAAGGUCGGCGAGUGCGUAGCGAAGAACAGAGUGGUCGAGCCAAUGGACGAUGUCUCACCAAACGAGGGACCAUGUGACAAAGCCCUGGAGUUGUUCGAGUUGAGAGUUGACAACAUGUGCUCGUACAUACAGCAAGACUUCUCAGACACGGGAUACUAUCCUGAAGAAACCAAUGAGUAA